AUCUGUGAUACUGGAGCGUAUCCUCACCAUGAGACUCCCGACGGCAGUGUGACGUGGAGCAAGAACGGUGCAACGGGCUGCUGCCUUGCUCUCUCUGUUCACCGGUUACACCUCAGCCAGUCUUCUAGCCUCCUCCCUCUCCCAUCAGCUCUCAGACACCUGCUUAUGAGUCAGAUGAGUUUCUGCUGUUCUCAGCAGCCUUCUCCUUGGGAGGAAUUCCACAUUAUGGAGCAGUUGGAGAUUAUAAAUCAGUGUCUCCAUUUAUCUCCACCACAAGAACAGAAGGCACUAAGUAAGAGUGGAAAGAAGCACAUCUGAAAAUUGGUAAUGGACAUACUUUUGUACAACAUGCUUGGACUAUGUAAGUCAGUCUUACAUGAUACCAUUAAGGGUGAGCUGAUCAGUUUAGCCAAACAGUGCGACCUGCCGGUGAGGAAGGUGGAGAGGUGGUUCCGGCACCGGAGGAACACAGACCGACCCAGCCUGAUGAAGAAGUUUUGCGAGGCCUGCUGGAGGUUUACAUUUUACUUCUUUCUUCACUGGAUUUGCUGUCCUGUACGAUGUGAGUACACCAGCAGUGCCACCUGCUGUUCUACCUAGCCAGUGCCUGCAAGAAUGGCAGAUUUUGUUGUCAAACAUGUCCUUUCAGACCUUCUUAUAGAGGUUUUCCCACCAGGUCAGUGUGUAUCCUCUGCACAGCACACUUAAUGAGACCACAAACAUAUUGGACCAUGCUUAUUUUAAAAACUCCAACUCAAAACCAAGAGGUUUCCUCUUCUUCUGGCAAAGCAGAAGACAAUUAGGACUGG